UCUACUGUACGUUUAGCUUCAUUUUCACUACUGUACUCAAUCUGUCCAGAAUAUCGAUCUUGACAUAAACAUCUUUAUUUUGAUAUCUGAAGUAUUUGUUAUAAUGAAGAAAUAUUGUGCCUAGGGCUUAGCAUCUCAACGUUGCUCUCUCGUUUAAAUGGCAGCGCUGAUUUAUUCAAGCCUGAUCACUUAUGCAUUGCUAAAUUUGGUAUUAGUGUUUGUUCUUGCCUCCUGGGGACCGAAUAGUGUUGUGAGAGCAGAGGAGAACAGUAACGGUGUUAAUGCAGCAACAGGAGGUGGAGGGCUUUGCAACAUCAAUUUGAGCGCCUUUCUUCCUCUUCCAUACAGUAAUUUGCCAAACAUGAUCUGCAAACCUGUUUGGAAUACAUUUGUACUCCGAUACUCCAAGGCAAAAGAUGAUACAUUGACAAUUGUAUUAUCUGCUACAUACACUUCUGGAUGGGUUGGAAUCGGAUUUUCAAAAGAUGGAAUGAUGCUCAAUUCCAGUGCAAUAGUUGGAUGGCUUAGUGAAAAGGGUUUUUCAAGAAUCAAGCAAUAUUAUCUAGCUGGAUUUACACCUUCUGAAAUUAAACCAGAUAAAGGUGAAUUGCCAUUAACAAAUGUUCCACCAUUUGUGACUGUUAAUGGGGCAACAAUUUACUUGGCAUUUCAGCUCCACAUAGCUGACUCAUCUGCUCUAUCCAGACAAGCAAUUCUGUUGGCUUUUGGUUCCAGAUAUCCACUCCACCAUCGCCUAACUCUUCAUAACGACAAAACAGUCGUAUACACGGACUUCUCUGAAGGUAAACAAGACUCGGGGCCCAUUUCCGCUGUGCCUACUAACAUUUUUCAUACACGAAAGACCCAUGGAGUAUUGGCCUUGCUUGGCUGGGGUCUAGUUCUCCCGGCAGGUGCAAUUACUGCAAGAUACCUUAGGCACAAGGAUCCUUUAUGGUAUUAUCUUCAUGUAGCCCUUCAGUUCACUGGAUUUCUUAUCGUAGUUGCUGCUGUUGCUGUUGGAAGGUUACUAUACGGAAGACUUCACGCAAGUAUACCAGCACAUAGAGGCAUUGGAUUCUUUACACUUGUCCUCAGUAUCCUCCAGGUGUUGGCAUUCUUUGUAAGACCCCACGUCGACAGCAAGAACCGCAGGUUCUGGAAUCUGUACCAUCACUGGUUUGGUAGGAUUGCUCUUUUCUUUGGAGCAGUGAAUAUAGUUUUGGGAAUUCAUUAUGCAGAUGCAGGAAAUGAAUGGAAAAUAGGCUACGGAUUUCUUCUAGGCACAGUUAUAUUCUCAUGUAUUGUACUAGAAGCUUUAUUGAGGAUAAGAAGGUCGCGUAAAUCGCCUGUCCCUCCCCCUGCAGAAUUUGAAAUCAAUUCGUUUUAGCACAAAACAGAGUGUAUUUCAGUUAUGUCAUGUUGCAUAUGUUGUGAAAACAAUGGAAUUUUGAAGCUAGGAAUAUAAAUUUUGCUUGCGGAGGAAACAUAUUUGUGGUGUGCUUUUAUACAUUAAGGGGUCUUUCGAUUGAGAUUUUAGAAGAUUUUUUUUUCAUUCUUGAAAUCUGAGGGUGUUCAAUUGAAAUUGUUUAAAAUCUUGAGAUAUUCAAUUGUAAAAUAGCAAGAUGAAAUACUUGGUGCUAAAUAUAGAACCAAGUAUAGAUGGUGCUAUAAUUGGCACAUAAGCAUGCAAGUGACAAAAUGUAUUAAUAAAAUAAUAGUGACAAAUAUAUUUAUGUACUUUAAGAU